UCUCGUCUCUGCUGCAUGUCAGGGUUCUAUGUGUUUUUCUUGCUCUACUGCUUGAAUGUGUUCUCGAUGGCUGAUUCUCUCCUCAACCACUCCUGGCCGUCCUUCUCCAAGUUCUGGAUGAAACGAUGGUCCUUUAAAAGAGCUUCAGAGGGUAAACCAUGCACACGGCCAAGCGCUCCGGUCUCAGGGAUGAGAGCUUCCUCCUCACCUUCACCUGACAGCUUCCUCAGCAACACAUCUGAAGAUCAGAGUUCCUGUUUAGUUGAGAGCGAUUUCGAGUGCGGGACAGACGACUUAUUUGACCUGAACUCUUCUCUGAGAGACUCUGAGUAUUUCAGAGACCUGCAGGCCAGACCUGGUGGGGAGUGUGAGCCUUCUGAGAGCCCUCUGUCUGUGUUUAUUGACCCAGGGGACAAAACACAGCUCAGUCCCGGACUAUUCUUCUACCCAUCACCCAUGUUGCACUGUGGAUCGUACGUAGAAAAUCUCUCACCAUCCCACAGUAAGACGAACCUGCUGUCUGAUCAGGGAGAGACGAUGGAAUCGGCAGAGUGUUUGGACGAGCUGUGCAUGGACGACUUGGACAGCGCCAGUCUCCCCAUCCUGGUCAGGUCUAUGUCCACCUCGCGGAGACACAGUUCGGACAUCCCACUGAAUCCACUCGACCUGGGGAGAAGGUUUAGUCUGGACACCAGGAGUAUAGACAGUGACGGGGAGCGAGAUGAUCAGAGCCAGUCUCAGAGCUCGGUGGAGGAGUUCGCUACAUCCAAAGAAACAGAGCUCACCAAAUCCCCACAGCCGCCCACCCCAAGGAGGAUGGUGUAUUCCCGAUCCGAGAUUGUGUUGUCAGAUGAAAAGUCUCAAGCUGAGAGGGUCUCACGCAUUCUGGAAACUUCUAAACAGGCAGCCCGAGCUGCCGGAGAGGAACACUACUCGGAUGAGAAUUUGCGCUCAGCAGAAGGCCAAUGUCACAUGGCCAAUCGCAGAACAUCGAGUCCUGACAGGAAAGAAAAUGUCACCUGGUAUGAGUUUCUCUCCAUUGAGAAUGAGGAAGAGGAGGAAAGAGUGGAAAGAGCAGAGAAGGGCACAAAGGUGAAGCGCACUCUGAGCUCACUGAGGAACCGAGUGACCGGAUCCUUCAACAAAGACAAGGGUAAGAGCCGUGAAAAAGAGCAGCAGAAAGAGAGAGACAGAGAGAGGGAAAAGGAGAAAGAGAAGGAGAAAGAGAGGGAAAGGGAGCUGAAGGAGAAGGAGAGCGCUUGUAUGGUUAGCAGCAGCUGUAAUGGCCACGAGCUUGUGCGUGGCUCUUUCUCGAGCCGAGCCACGUGCUCACUGUGCAGCAAGACCCUGCAGAGGAAGCAUGGUCUGCAGUGUGUCAAUUGUGCUGUUAACGUUCACAAAAGCUGUAAGAGUCUCCUGCCUGAGUGUAGCAACAGUAAGAACAAGAGUAAAGAUUUUGCCCAGAAGAGCCAAGCAGCUGCUCAAUCCAGUAAUCAAGCCUCGAGGGAGCCGUGCCUCGCCUCUGAUGGCGCCAUCCGCACGGAUACAGGCAUGACCGUCCUGCCCCGAGGAGCCAGCAGGCAGCAAAACGCUCACAGCACCAACCACACGCUCAGCCACACCAGCAGCUCCAGCUCUAUUACAGGGGAGAUGGAUGAAGUAGACACGUUCAGAGCUAAACGCCACGCUGAGGACACCAUCUCCAUCACCCCGUCUACUGCCGAGUCCGUCAUCGUGGAAGAUGCAUACUACAACGUGCGAGUGGAGCUGGACUCAAUGGCUCAGGACUUUGAGGUGGAGUCGUGGAGUUUGGCCGUGGAUCAACACUUCUUAAAGAAACAUUCCAAAGAAGUGAUUAAGAGACAGGAUGUGAUAUACGAGCUGAUCCAGACAGAGAUGCAUCACGUGCGUACGCUGAAGAUCAUGCUGCUAGUGUACGUGCACGAGCUGCGUGAGACUCUGCAGCUGGACGAACGCAGACUGGACUGUUUAUUCCCGCAGUUGGAAAGCCUGCUAGAACUACACGGCCAUUUCCUGUCCCGCCUCCGAGGGCGACGCCAGGACACGCUGGAGCCGGGAAGCGAACACAACUACGUCAUCCACAGCGUGGCAGAUAUCCUCAGUGACCAGUUUUCAGGUGAACUCGGAGAGCGGAUGAAGGAAAGCUACGGCGCGUUCUGCAGUCACCACACCGAAGCCGUCAACUACUACAAAGAGCAGCUGCAGAGCAACAAGAAAUUUCAGAACCAUAUAAGGAAAAUAAACAACUUGUCCAUCGUGCGACGGCUCGGCAUUCCUGAGUGCAUCCUGCUCGUCACGCAGCGCAUCACCAAAUAUCCCGUUCUGGUGGAGCGCAUGCUGCAGUACACAGAAGCCGACUCUGAGGAACACACGGAGCUGGCACAAGCUCUGAGUCUGAUUAAAAGUGCCAUCAUGCAUGUGGAUGCCCAGGUGAGUCUGUAUGAGAAGGAGACACGCCUCAAAGAGAUCGCCGCCAAGAUGGAGCCUAAAGCAUUCGGCAAGAUUAAAGAUGGCCGCAUCUUCAGGAGGGAGGACGUGACACAGGGCAGGAGGCUGCUGUAUGAGGGCACAGUCAACUGGAAGGCCGCCUCCGGCAGACUCAAGGAUAUCCUAGCUGUGCUGCUCACAGACGUUCUGCUCCUGCUACAAGACAAGGACCAGAGAUAUGUUUUCUCUGCUGUGGACGGGAAGCCGUCGGUGAUCUCACUGCAGAAGCUAAUCGUCAGAGAGGUGGCACAUGAGGAAAAGGCAAUGUUCCUCAUCUGCGCCUCCUCCAACGAGCCCGAGAUGUACGAGAUCCACACGUCCUCUAAAGAGGAGCGCAACACCUGGAUCACGCACAUCCGCCAGGCCGUAGACAGCUGUCCUCACACAGAGCAGAGACUCUUUACUGAAGAGGAGGGAGCAAGACUGCAACGCUUCAGAGAAAUUCAAGAGCAUCUGACGGUGAAGGACGCUCAGAUAAGGCAGGCUCUCAAGGACAAGCUGCAGUUGUAUGCCGACCUGGCCGAGUGUGUGGGUAUUUUGGAGGACACAGGAGCUCAUCGUCAUCUUCUGCUGCGGGGAGACACCUCAGAACUCCAGCAGGGGGAGCAGCUGCUCAAGGGAGCCAUAACAGAGGUGGAGAACCUACAGAACAUUCUGGUGUCCAGUGCGAGAGAUCUUCCACAGACAGAAGAGAAUCAGAGUUCCAGCUCACUGCCCAGGAGAGCAGGAACGUUCGGGGGCUACGACAGCACCAUCAGUUUACUGCAGAAGCAAGGCAGCAUGAAGAAACACUCGAAUGGAGCAGGAAAGUCCAGGGAGAGAAGUCAGAGAGCUAGUUCCGACCCUCAGCUUAAAGAAAUGUGUGCCAGUCAGGGACUGGAAGAGGCUGAUAACAUUUCUUCACCCAGCUGGAAUAUGAUCUGCUCCAGAUUUCCAAACACAGAGUUCUCUGACCGGGUUCUCCUGCUUUCCCAGCGGCUCUACAGUCUACAGGCGAUUGUGUCUCAGCAGGACAGCAUGAUCGAGCUGCAGCGGGCAUCUCUGUUCUCGGCGGAGCGCCAGCGAGGCACGGACGUACUCCUCGAGCAGGAGAAACAGAGGAACCUGGAGAAGCACCGUGAGGAGAUGGCUCAUUUCCAGCGUGUCCAGGCACAGCAGCAGCAGGAGCAAGAGCGCUGGGAGCGUGAUCGAACGAAGCAGUUGAAACAGAACGAGGCUGAGCAGCUUCGGCUGCAGGAGCGAGAGGAUGCGUGCAAGAAGCUGGAGGAGAGACUUGCCCAGGAGAGACAGGAGCUGCAGAACCAGAGGCAGAAGUACCAGCAGGACCUGGAGAGAUUACGAGAAUCCACGCGGGCUGUAGAGAAGGAGCGAGAGAAGCUUGAACAGCAAAGGAAAAUGAAGAAACGCCAUACGGCACCCAACACGGCAACAACUUAUGGCCAUGACACAUCGCAGCUCACCAUGUCCUCCAGUUUUAAUGGUGACAUCCUGGGAAACUCUGGAACGGAUUCGGUCCCCCCGUCCCUCUGUCAGCUCCGCCCCACCGUCUCGUUAUCUACUGCUGAUUACUCCGAUAGGAUAGACGUGCCGCCGCGCCGGGAGAGUGGCACCGCCGUGCCCGCCAAAACCGAGGUGCCCAUCCACCUGGUCAGCGCCACCAACCAGCUGCACAAACAGGGCGGAGUCCAGCAGCAGAUCCCCACCAAGCUCGCCACACUGAAGAGCAAGGACAAGAGCACCAAAAGCAAAGGCUCACAUCGCACAGAAAGCUCAGCUUCAGUAGACAUGAAGCAGAAGCUGUCGAAACUGUCGUCCAGAGAAACAGAGAGUUCUGUAAAAGCUCGUCGCUCCAUCAGUCCUCAUCAGCAGCCUCAACUUGCUCCGCCUCCAGUUACAGAUGUCCACAUCAUUGGAGACAAAUAUACCCCUGAGCCUCUGAGCCUCCUGCACUCCUAUCCUCUCCCUGACGACAAAGACAAGGAGGACGUCGUCUUUUUCUGAGUGUCUCAGUGCAUGCUGGGAUAUGCCACAUGCCUCAGUGCAUGCUGGGAUGCGCCACACAGAGCUUAACAAGAGCAACAAGAGUUUUUACCAUUUUAGCUGCCUGGAGGAAAAAAAUCUCACACUUUAAGAUUUCCUUUUUAAUUAUUGCCAAUAGAUUUUUCCUACCUUUCAGUAGAAGAACCGGAUAAAUGAAGAGGAUAAAGAAGUUUUUAGUGGAAGAAAUUAAAUCUCAGAGGAACAUCUGGGACAAUCCAAAGGCCAGUGGAAGCAUGAGGAGCAGCAUGAGGUGACUGAAAUGAAAUGAAGGAUGUGCAUGAACAGGGAUGAGCUGUGUGUGCACUUAACUCCAAACCUUAUUUCUAGAAAAAACUUUACGGAAGGAUUUUUUGGUGUGUCGCAGAUCAGAACAGAAAGAAAAAAAAAGCACAAAUUUUCAGAUGAGUGAGUGCUGUUUAAGAAGGAAGCUGUUUAUCAUGCUAGGACUUCAUUUCACUGUUGGGCUGAGAAUUAAUGCGUCACUUUUUGUAUUGAUUGUCAAGUUUAUUGAUUUUUAGCCUGCACAAUAUAAAGCGCUCGUCAUAUUAGAUUAUAUAAAACAAUGAAAUCCAACAAGUUAUCUUAAAACCUGCCAUGUUAAUACCCUUCCUAAAAUCUUUUUAUUAUCAAAUAAAAUAGAUUUAUUAGUAAUAAUUAGGGCUGCAUCGAUCAAAUCAGGCUGAUAAAAUCCUUAAACCCUGGAUUGAUAUUUUGGCUUUUUUUUUUUUUUUUUUUUAGAUCUUAGACUUUAGACUCUGAUAUUUAAAAUAAACAAAUACUAUUAUUAAUGUUGAAGUUGGAAUGCACUGAUACAAUACUGAUCCUAUAUACUGAAUCGAUAUCCAAUCAAAUCUAUUGUCAUUUUCCAAUUUAAUCUAUUGAUUAGUUUGAGUACAUUUAACACAGCAACAUCUUUGAAACAAAAUAUCAGCUGAUAAUCAGAGCUCUAAAUAUCGAAAAUAUAUGUUUGCCUGAGUUAUACUAACAUUGUCUUUCUGAAGAUGUUCCUUGUUAUGGAUAAGUACUACUGAAUGGAUGUUAACAUGGUGGCUGGAACACAAUACUUACCUUCAGGGCAUGUUAAGUUUGUCAGCUUCAUCUUCUGUUUCUCUCAGUGCCAAACGGAUCAAACAGUCGAGGAUCAGACUUGUGCCUCUCUGUGCUUUAAUGAUGUGUGCACUGAGAGUGAGCUCAUUAAACACAUAAUGCAUGCUGACGAGUGCAGAUGAAGACUCUGAAAUCUGAAAAAUAUGUGCAUGUGUGCGCACACUUUCCUUAUUUAACAUCUACGUUUAAGCUUUUCACAACUUUUUUCAGUAAUAUUUUCUUUUCCAGCUGCUGUUGGAUCAAACAGGAAACUAAAGUUCACUAAGCUGAUUUUUUAAAAAUGUAUUUAUUUAUUUUAUUUUGCGACACACAGCAUCACGACUCGAAUCGAAUCAGCUUGAUUAGAGAGGGACAUGCUGUUGAAAAUUGAAAAUAUGGACAGCCAAUGAAAAAGUGAAGAUACCAGAAAAUAACACACUGAAGGUGGUGCUGAAGAAUUCAUGAAAUGAAGUAUAGUGUGUUAUUUCCUUUUUUUUUUUUUUUAUUGGUUCAAUUUUUUUUAUUUUUAAUUUUUUUUAAUUGCUUACACCAUGGCCGUGAAGUAGAGCAUGGGUUGUCCACUGAUGUGGACCCAACAAAGUGUUAAUUGUGUUAAUUAAUUGACUUGAACUGAGCAGUCGAAAUAUCCGGGAAUCUGACCAUAAAUCAGCUUUCAAACCGUGAACCAUCACAGGUACUCUGUUGCAGCCAAUUAAAAAAAAAGAAAACAAUUAAAUCAUUAAAAAAUGGCACCUGUUAGGCAAUCAGAAGCGAGUAGUUUGUGGCGAGUAAAAACAAUAUCUUACCGUUAUACUGUUACUGCUAUGGCUAUGUCUUGUCUUAAUUUGUAACAUUUCCAUGCUCUAUAAAUCAUUAUUUUCUGUGCAGUUAAACAAUAUUUCUUUGUGUAACAGCACAUUAAUGAAGCGUAAAUGAUUGUCAUGGUUACAUGCUAACAAGGUUACAUAGUAUGUGGAAACCCUGAUUUAGAACUGAUGUAGAUUAAAUAACAGCACCUGAUAGCCAAUCAGAAACGAGUAUUUUUUGGCCAGUGAAAAUGAGUUUGCUACGACGGUACUGUUGCUACUUUGGUUACAUAUCAGAAUCAUUUGCAAUUCAAUUGCAGUUUAAUUGUAAUAUAAACGUAUUUUGUUUGUUUAACAGCCCAUUAGUGAUGCAUAAAUGGUUGUCAUGGUUACAUUCCAGCACGAUUACAGAAUAUCGGAAGCACUGAUUUAGAACUGAUCUAUGUUUAAAAAAAAAAAACAGCACCUGUUAUUCAAUCAGAACUAAGUGUUUUUGUGGCCAUGGUGAAAGUUUGUAAUUUGAUGUGUUGUGAUCAUUUCUAUGCCUUUCUUUUUUGCACACUCCAUUGUGUGAAUCUCAGACUCGGAUGAAUCUUACAGGAUGUGAAAUCCGAACAUCUCGACUCACGCUAAAGAACUCCCCCGUGAUCAGAGCUCACACUCUGGAAAGAGAUUUGUAUAUUUGCUGUUUGAACUACUGCAGAGUGCGGGGUCUCCAUGUAUGAGCUGGAGGUUUCACUGUGUAAAUAUUGUACAUAUGAUGUAGAUUUCAUGCUGUGAUGUCUUAUAUGAUGUCCAACGGACUUUAGCGCACAUUUUUCAUGAAGUAAGGGAAUGAGAUCCUUCGUCGAAAAAAAGACAAAUGCUGUAAUUCUUCCUAGACUAUCAGUUAUUGUACUUUCUCCUAUGUGGCAUUGACAGAUCUGUUUUAAUCAGAAAUGAAGCCUUAUUCUAAGAUCGUCCUUUAGUGAGGAACCAAAGAUUCACUCCGAGACUGUAACAGCACCGUGACUGUAUCAUUUCCUCUCAACUGUAACAAAAAAUCUCUCUCACUUCUCUCAUGACCACUGUGUUAAAGUUUUAAAAUAAUCCUCCUUUACCAAGUUGUAAUGUUUCCUUUUAUUCGGAGAUGAAGUGGUUUAUUCAGCCAUGUCUUUUUUUUUUUUCGUCUACCGUGACGCUGUGCUCUGGUAUAGCACCUUUUCCUGUAAUUUGUUUAAAAAAAAAUCUUCAUUGCCAAUUACACUAGUCACUUUUAGUAGGGAACUUGACGAGGAGUGUGAAUGUGGCGUUUUGUGUGCUUGUAUUUUUCCAGAUGUUUUUCCAGAUGUUUGUAGCACGCAGGACCACUGUGAUUAUUUUCUACUUAGUAUAUUUUACUCACAAAGAAAUCUAGCUGUAAGACACAAAAAACACCUUAGAGACGUUUCCAUUUUAGUAAUAAAACAUUUGAUGGUG